AUGGAUGGUUAUACCAACGAAAAGACAGCCCUCCACACAAAGGCUCGCCCCAGGGCCAAAGCAACAACGUCAUCCAUGACCCAAGAGGACAGGCCCUCCCAGUCCCUUGUCUUCCGCACGGCCUCCCGCGACCACGCCACCCACAUAGGUGGCAUGAGGAGUACCAAGUUCUGCGUCGUCAACACGCGGAACAGCCUCACCGAGAUGAUCCAGGCCAUCAUCUCCCAGGAGCAGAUCACACUGUCUGUGGCCGUGGAGGCGUCCCUGCUCGCGCUGCACAUUCACCUAGAGCCGGGCUGCAGUUACAUCGUCGACCUCGACUUGCUGGGCGCCUCAGCCUUCGAGGCUCGCGAGGCUUUCAGCGCUGCGAAAAAGGCUGCGUCCGAGGCUGGGCGGGAGCAAACAGAGCAGCGGGGUGGCCCUUUGCCGAGCCUGAGGGCCAUCCUGGAGGAUGAUUCUAUGCCCAAGAAGCGCCAGUGGGUGGUCAACAACAACGCAAAGGGCCAGGAUGGGGUUACCUCUGGCGGUGCGGCGGCCUGGGGCACCAGGGCGAGGGAGAGGCCCCUGCCCUUCGAGGUGGCGCUGUACUGUGUGGAGCAGGUGCGGUACUUGCCUGGUCUGAGGGAGAAGUACCUGGGUCGGCUUGAUGAGCGGGCAGCUGCAGCAGACUUCGCCACCCCGCGACAGCUUAUCCUCUGGGUCGGCGCUGCCCGCCAUGUAACGCCACCUGCCCGCGUCGACCAUGUUUCUGCAUCCACGACGCUGAAAAUGCGUCUCUUUCUGAUCCGCCACGGCGAGUCCGUCGACAACGUUGCCGGCCUCUAUGCAGGCUCUCGCGACUCCGCCCUGACGAACCAUGGCAUCCUCCAGGCCCGCCGCCUCGGUGCACAUCUGGCCGCUCGGUCGUCGGUCGUCGGACGCGUCCAGCGCAUCUUCGUCUCGAACCUCCAACGUGCCGUCAAGACUGCGGAAGCCGUCGCUGAGAUACAGACCGAGCUCGAUCCCUCGGGCGAGGUAAUCGGUGUGGUACAACUGCCUGAGCUGAGGGAGAAGAACUUCGGCUCGGACGAAGGAAGGCGCUUCGGUUCGCGGGGGGCAGAGCAGACGCCGAGACCAGCUGGCUGGAUCGAGGCCGAGAGCAAGGAAUCCAUGAAGGCGAGAGUCGAGCGCUUCAUUGACAACCACCUCAUUCCUACGGUUCUUCGGGGCUUCCACAGCGAUGUCAACCACUCCCUUGCCAUCGUCGCCCACGGCAUCAUCCUCAACGUCCUCUUGAGGUGCAUGCUUGCACGGUUUGGCCCGGAAGAGCUGACCAGGCUCACAAGGCCUACCGACACUCCUGGAAAGAUGGAGUGGCUGGCUUCCUGGUCAAACACUGGGUACCUCGAAGCAGAUCUGCGUUUGAGGAUAAAUGCACCUUCAGCCGCUGCUGAACCAAGGCCUGCCGCCGCGCCUGCCAACAGUCGCCCCAUGCUGGGCUCCGUGGUGCCUCGUCAGGGUUCGAGAGACAAUGCUGUUGCUGCAGCGGAUGCUCGCCAACCCGAGGCUCCUACCCUCGAGAUAUUGAUGACGGUCACGACUGUCAACUGCACCGAGCAUCUUCAAGGCCUGAAGAAGACACGAGGUGGUAUUGGCAGCGCCGCCUUUGAUCAGAAGCAAAAGACGAUGGACUCGUUCUUCACACGGCCGGCGAAGGCAUCGCCACCAGCCAAGGCACCUUCGCCGGUCAAGGCUCCGUUGCCAGCCAAGGAUAACGCGCCAGUGGAGUCUCCCCAACCGGUCGAGCCUUCACCUCCGGUCGAAGUUGCUCAGCAACCCAAGGGACCUCGUCCUCAGCCCCCAGCUCGCAUUCAACCCCAAGCUCGGGUUCAGACCCAAUCUCAACCUCAACCUCAACCGGGAAAGGCACCCCAGCCAGCCCAGCCCCCUCAGCCUACCAAGGCAGCUCAGCCUGUCCAGCCUGUCCAGCCCUCUCCAGUUGUUCAGGCCGUCCAGGCUCCUCGCCCUAUUCGGUCACCGAAGCCAGCUGCGUCCUCUCGGCGAGCCCAGGUCACCCGCCCCAUCAAAGCGGCCGAGCCAACAGAACCACCUGAGCAAGUGAACUCCCCUCCGCCAGCCGAGGCCCUUCAACCCGUGAAGGCGCCCCAGCCGACCGAGGCCACUCGCCCAGUCAAGGCACCUCAACCUGUCAAGGUCACACGUCCCCCGACCGAAAUCUCGGUGACAGCCAAGGUUGCAGAAGAGCCUGCGAAGGUUACUCAGCCGGCCAAAGUCUUGCGACCAAACAAGGUGAAACGUCCAAUCAAGAAGGCCAAGCCUUUCAAGAAGGUCAGGUUUGUCUUGCCUGUCAAGGACUGA